AUGCUUACCGACUUGCAACACAAAUCCCAGAGCGGCCGCCGCGUAAAACCAGCCCUGGCUUCUUCUUGCGAUCCCCUUGUUCAAGGACAGAUUCGCGAUGUCAAGCUCCGCAAGGUAUUCCUUCUCAUCGAGAAUCCGACGGCCUUUCCCGGCCACCCAGGCGCCCGUCUGGAGCGCGUCAUGCAGGGUCCCGAUCCUGCGCACGCGGUGCUGGGUCUGGGGGUCUACUUCCUCCCACACCACCACUUCGAGAACUCGAGGUCGUCCAAGGACUCUGGACACGCCUCCAUCGUUGAAGAGCUCGGCUGUGCUCUCCGAGACACAGGAGAGGAGUUCGUUCUCUGCUUCGCCGGGCCCUUCCUGCGCCCUGCCCACAAAGGCUUUCAGGGAUGCGUUCCCGCAGACGCGGAUGACGGCGAUCACGGCCGUGAGGAUGCCCAGUGGAGAGACCGCGAAGAUGAAGCUGUCCAGGAUGCUGAUCGACUCGGAGAGCGAGCAAUGCAAAUAUGA